AUGAACACGAAUUACUCGGCGCUCCCAUUGACCUCCCCCUCCAUCGAGCUCCAAUCCAACGGGGCCAAAUCUAGCGCCGCCGCCAAUGGCGUCCUCAACGGCCACGCUAAGAUCUCCAAGCAAGAUUCGUUCUUGGGCGAGGUGGAGGACGGCGGCGGGGAGCACGACGAGCUGCCGCUGAUCGGAGACGGCCCCGCCGGGCCGCCAGAGGGGUCCGGCGUGCCCGCCGCCGUGUUCAACCUCGCAACAUCCAUCAUAGGGGCCGGCAUUAUGGCGCUCCCGGCCACCAUGAAGGUGCUCGGCGUCGCCGCUGGGCUCGUCUCGAUCCUGGUUAUGGGGGUCCUGUCCGAGAUCACCGUCGAGCUGCUCGUGAGGUUCUCGGCCUACUGCCGUGCGCUGUCCUACGGCGAGGUCGUGCACAGGGCGAUGGGCCGGCCGGCGAGCGUCGUGGCGCAGAUGUGCGUCAUCAUCAACAACGCCGGAGUCCUGGUGGUGUAUCUGAUUAUCAUCGGGGACGUGAUGUCAGGGUCACUGAAGCACAUCGGUGUCAUGGAUCAGCUGAUUGGCCAUGGCGAGUGGGAUAACCGGAAGCUGCUGAUCUUGGUGGUUCUUGUCAUCUUCCUAGCGCCAUUGUGUGCGCUUGAGAAGAUUGACUCACUGAGCUUGUCAUCUGCCGCAUCAGUUGCCCUUGCUGUUGUGUUUGUGGUUGUGUCCUGCAUCAUUGCUUUGAUCAAGAUCGCCGAGGGCAAGAUCAGUAUGCCGAGGAUGGGGCCAGAUUUCAGCUCGCGAGCAGCAAUGCUAGACCUGCUCGUCGUGAUACCCAUCAUGACUAAUGCCUACAUCUGCCAUUUCAAUGUGCAGCCGAUCUACAAUGAACUCAAGGAGAAGACGCCCCAGAACAUGUACAAGGUUGGGAGGAUCAGCACUGUGCUAUGUGUAGUGGUGUAUGCCCUGACUGCCCUCUCAGGGUAUCUCUUGUUCGGUGAGGACACCGAGUCCGAUGUGCUCACCAACUUUGACAAGGAUCUUGGGAUCAGAUUCAGCUCUUUGCUCAACUACAUUGUCAGGAUUGGGAAGAAAACACUCACAUUGACAGUGGUGCUUCUAGCGCUCAUCUACCUUGGCUCGACAAUGAUACCCAACAUCUGGAUGGCUUUCAAGUUCACCGGAGCUACGACAGGGUUGGCGUUGGGUUUCAUGUUCCCGGCUCUGGUGGCAUUGAGGCUGGACAAGGAAGGGAGUCGCUUGGGACAUGGGGAGAGGCUCCUGUCACUUGGGUUGCUGGGGCUAUCAAUAGUUGUUAGCGUCAUUGGAGUCGUUGGAAAUGUAUACACCUUGAAGAACCAGAUUCUUCGAUGUAUCGAUUUGAUUGUGUUCUUACAUGAGGGUUCUAGAGUCACUAUUUGA